AUGACGGUGGCGAUUCCGACUACCUUUGGCAAUCAAUGUCCCGCAAAUAGUGUGGGAGUGGUAAAUACAUUGUUAUCAAUCUUGGUGGAAUCUGUGUUGAGAGGUCAGUGUAGUUUGGAAAAGGAGGGAAACUAUGCUCCGGACUAUGCCGAAGAGGCUGUGAGGAGGCGUUCGGUGGAAAAUUACGAUUUUAUUGUAGUAGGGGCUGGUUCCGCAGGAUCGGUAUUGGCCAGCCGUUUAAGUGAAAACCCAGAAUGGAAAAUAUUGUUAUUGGAAGCUGGCGCUGAUCCACCACAGGAGGCGGAGAUCCCAGCUGUAUUCCCCAGUCUCCAGCACACCAACUACACCUAUAAUUAUUUUGUGGAACCUAGCGCCCGAGCCUGCAAGGCUUAUAAAAAUGAUCGCUGCUAUUGGCCAAGGGGUAAAAUGGUGGGCGGUUCUGGAGCCAUCAAUGCCCUGAUGUAUAUCAGAGGCAAUCGUGAGGACUAUGACAGCUGGUUAGACUUGGGCAAUCACGGUUGGGGUUUUGAUGAUCUCUGGCCUUAUUUUAAGAAGUCUGUUCGGCCCCAUGAUAACUUGAGCCACCCUAAGGGUUAUGUGGAUAUUGGAGAAUUUCAUCUCUAUGAUAAGGAUAUUUUGGAUUUAAUUUACCGCGGAGCUGAGGAAAUGGGCCAGCCGAUACACAAGAGAUUUACGCAUGAUCAUAUCUUGGGUUAUUCUCGCCUAUGGGGUACGGUGAAAAAUGGUCAACGCACCACAUCGGGUAAGGGGCAUUUGGGUAGAGUCGCAUCGCGAAGGCCAAAUUUGAAAAUCAUUAAAAAUGCCCAGGUGACAAAAGUGAAUUUUGAUGAGUUCGGCAAACAGGUCACCUCGGUGGAUUUUAUUUUAAACCAAAAUAUUCAAAUGUCCGCCAAAGUCACCAAGGAGGCCAUACUCUCAGCUGGAGCAAUCGAUACCCCUAAACUGCUGAUGCUAUCCGGCAUAGGACCCCAAGAGGUUUUAGAACCUUUAAAUAUUCCCGUUUUGCAUGAUUUAAAGGUGGGCGAGAAUCUCCAAGAUCAUGCAGUGGCCUGUGCAUUUCUCAAACUCAAUGGAGAACCGUUGGAUAAAAAUAUUCUCUCCGAUUCUCUCUAUCAAUAUUUAUUACAUCGCGAAGGACCCUUAAGUACCAUUGGGGUGAUGAGCAUUGCUGGCUUUGUGAAGCUAAAUCGAACCAACUCGGAAUAUAAUUCCCACCCUGACAUACAAAUCUUGCAUGCCAUUGCCAGGAUUGGAGAUGUGGCUACCUUAAACACCUUCCUGGUGGGGCAAAGUAUCAAGGAUGAGCUGCGAUACCAUUUGCUGGAAGUCCAAAAACAUCAUCACGUUAUGGUGGUAUUUAUACUACUCUCAAAGCCCAAAUCUCGUGGUAACCUUCGCAUAAAAUCCACCUCCCCUCAAGAACCACCAAUAAUAAAUGCCAAUUAUUUUGAACAUCCCGACGAUUCGGAAACUCUAAUUGAGGGACUAAAAUACCUAAGCGAUUUUGUCAACACCACAGGAUUCCGUCGAAAAAAUGCCGAUAUUAUUCAACUUCCCUUGGAGGAAUGUAAUCGUUUGCUAUUCAAAUCUGCGGAAUAUUGGAAAUGUUAUUUGAAAUAUAUGUCUACGACAUGUUAUCAUCCGGUGGGUACGGCAAAAAUGGGUCCAGCGGAUGAUGAGAGCUCUGUUGUGAAUCGCAGACUCCGAGUGAGGGGUGUCGAAAAUCUUCGAGUGGUAGAUGCCUCGAUUAUGCCUCUGCUUACCAGUGUCAAUACAAAUGCUCCCACCCUGAUGAUUGCCGAAAAGGCAGCGGAUCUUAUCAAGGUGGAUUGGGAAGAAAUUUAG